AUUAUUGUUUUUAAAGAAAUAAUGUUAAAUUUUACACUCUCGAACUCGAGGAUACCCGUUGACAUUUCUGUUUGCCUAGCCCUAACCUAGCCUAGAAGCGUCGCGGGAGACGCGGCAGCGGCAGCCGCCGAGCUACCGCUCAUCAACUCGGUUCGGCUCCGGCGAAGCUGUCGAUUCAGGUUCAGUCUCUGUAUUUUGGUUGUUCCGCUGAAUUGCGUUGGCUCCACUCACGUCUAAUCCAUAGACUGAUAAGUUGCUGGCUCAGUGAGUCCAAAAUUCGGUGUGUCCAUACUUCCAGAUGGCCUUUCUAGAAGUGCAGGGCUUCAGGUGUCUGAUUGGCUGACGUGAGCUCUGGACUUUUUUCCCCCCUUUUGAUAUAUCGAGGGUUGGUCGUUUGGCAGCAGCCUUCGGGAUGGCUUCGGCGCUGCAAGGAUCAGGAGAGACUCGGCCAGAAGUUAAUUUGGAUAACAUCGAGAAGGUAAGCAUGACGACUAAAGGUGAAGUGGACGAUGCAGUCGCACCGGCAAUCCAUGAGCUGUAUUACGACCCGUCUGCUGAUGUAAAAGAUUCUGCUCAACGUUGGCUUCUCAUGGCUCAAAGGUCUCCUCAAGCAUGGCAGUUUGCCUGGGCCCUUCUGGAUCACAACAAGGCACCUGAGGUGCAGUAUUUUGGUGCUAGUGUCCUCCAUAGUAAGAUAUCACGCAGUUGGCCAGAGGUACCCUCCGAGCAGUAUGAAAUGCUGCGCACCCAACUCUUUCAACAGAUCUUCAACUCGGCCUUAGGAACACGUAUCGUCCUCACAAGAUUAUGUGUUGCACUUUCAUCGUUUGCUUUGAGUACGAUGCCUGAUAUAUGGCCCGAUGCUGUUAAGAGUAUAAUAGAGACGUUUCAACAAGCUCACACACCUCAUUUAGACGCCAUGCAUAGAUGUGCCGCUCUCCUUGAGUUACUUACAGUCUUACCUGAAGAGUUCCAAACAGCACCGAUGUCUCAACACAGGAAGGGUACAGUGAGACAUGAGCUAGAGAAAGGCAUGGUUCAUGUGCUCCCACUGUUGCAGUCACUACUAGAGCAAGAAGACUCACCAAAUCACAUCAGACACCAAGCGCUGAGGUGCUUCUCGUCCUGGGUCCAGCUCAGCGUGCCUCUCACAGAAAUAGAGUCCUUCCAAAAACUACUCUUUCAACUCAUCCAUGAUCCAGAGCUCUUUGAUUAUUGUGUCGAUUCCUUGGUCAACAUCGCAUCCCAGCCCACAGCACACAAAUACCCGACCAUUGUGAGGAGAAUAAUACGGGAAACACUCAAAUUACAAGAUCUGCUAGCAACGUCCGUCAGAGAAAAGAACAUGGACACAGUACAAGGUCUAUGUAGAUUAGCUGUAACACUAGGUGAGAACCAUACCAAGUUACUGGUGGACAGCACAGGAGAAGACAAGCAACAAGCCUUGGAGUUCACAAGUUUAAUACUGGGUUUCACUGCGUUACCUGGUCACUAUCCCAUAGAUGAAACCAUUAGCAAUAUGCCAUUUGGAUUCUGGUAUUUAUUACAGGAUGACAUUGUGUCAGCCGAUACAGACAAGCUGGAGUCCUACGUACAGACCUACGCACCAGUCUUCUUACAGCUGGUUGAAGUCAUGCUAAGAAAAGUGCAAUAUCCUGAUGAUGAAGAGUACGACAGCUGGACAGGAGAUGAAAAAGAGCAAUUUAGAUGUUACAGGCAAGAUAUUGGAGAUACAUUAAUGUACUGUCAUACAUUACUGAAGGAUCCAUUAUUAAAUCACCUCUUUGCUUCACUAACAAGAAUACAAGACCAGGAUUCGUCGUGGCAGCAUGUGGAAGCGUGUCUAUUUGCAUUUCGGUCGAUAGCUGAAGGAGGCGACUAUGGCGAUGAUCAGUGUGCUGCAAACCUACUCCGUCUCAUUGGACAAAUCAACAUGUCACAUGUCAAACUAGCGUCUACUGCCCUCUAUAUGCUGGGUGCCUACUCAGAGUGGUUGACUGACAUGCCUGAAGCCCUAGGUUCUAUUGUACCAGUCUUAUUAUCAGGGUUGAACGAUGCAGAGUUAGCCGCUCCUGCGACGAUGUCGUUAAAGGACAUAGCAUCAGACUGUAUACCAGGAAUGAGGGCACAUGCUGAAGUCAUACUCACCGCCAGUCAACAAGCACUGAUGGGCAAUGUCCUCAAGUCAAGGGAAGCAACGCGAUUGAUGUCCGUUAUUGGCUUAGUGCUGUCAUCGUUACCCCUAGCUGAUAUCAUGAAUUACCUGGAGGUUAUACUCACUCCUCAUGUACAAGCUCUGGAAGAGGUUGCUAACCAACAGCCAUCUCCAUCCGGGAAAUCUACCAUCCUCGUGAAGCUUACCAUGAUGGCUAACCUCUGUGCCUCAUUGGACAUCAAGAGAGAGGACAAGUCCAUUAUCAAUAAAGGGGAGAUAGAGAGCAAGACAUCCGGAGUCCCUCAGGAUACGCAGCCUGUACUGCUCAUACUUCAGAAGAUCUUGCCAAUCGUAGAGAAGCUCCUUAAUAUGUGGAUAUCUGAUGCUGCUAUUGUAGAGUCUGUGUGUGAAUUAUUAAAGCGUGCAAUGAGAACAUUACUAGAUGACCUUCAGCCUUUGGUGCCUCAGCUAUGCGACCUUCUCUGUCGGAUGUACAACACCGUCCCCCAGCCGACCAUGCUGGAUCUAGCACAACAGAUCAUCAUCUUAUUUGGUAGUGUGGUAUCACUCAAUUCUGCCGUUGCGUCUCUUUUUCUACAGCUCUCUUCAAAAACAUUAUCAUUAUUGCCAAACAAUGCCAGAGACCACACAGAUGUCUUAGAAGAAUACAUGACAACUUGCGCUCAGUUGUUAAAAAAGCACACAAAGAUCUUCACCUUAGAUGAGUUGAAUCUGGCAGCUAUCUUCCAGUGUGGUCUGGUUUCCAUGACGAUGCCAGAAAAUCAAACUAUCAAGGCUUGCUGUCUCUUCUUUUCAAACUUUGUAUCCCAGAAUGAUAACUUACCUGGUGCAGGAGAGGUGUUAACGCAGCAUGGGAAGUCACUGGUUGAGCUUACACUAAAGGGAAUAUCUGGGGGAGCCCCGAGGAACAUAGUCGAGAACUUGUCGGACAUCUUCUUUUCUCUCAACAAACAUGCCUUCACAAAGUUCUCUGGAUGGAUAACGGAUAUCAUGCUGAACGGCACUGUGGAAAUACCAAGGGCAACCAAGGAACAGAGAGAACAUUUUGCAAAUACCAUCUUGAGGACCCGCUCAAACAAGAGACAAGUGAGGAAUCUUGUGAAGGAAUUCAGUUUGAUCUGCCGAGGAUUACAUGGUACUGAAUAUGCAGAGUUUUGAGGUCCCCUACUGGUGAUUCUGUGCAUCUCUCUUGCCAUGUGGAGUAACACAGGGUUGUGAUUUCUCCCCUGUUUACUUCUAUUUCAUGCUUGAUGACAGUAAUAUAUAAUUGUUUGCAAUACAGCCGACACUGUUUAAGUCAAUUUUGUAUAAGUGGAAUGAUCAUGUAAAGUCAAAUAUGUUUUUCCAAUCGGAAAGUUUAAACAAAUGUCAUUUACAUUAUCCAAGUCAAAUUUGGCCUAAUCUGAAGAUUUCUGUGGUCCGUAAAGAUUAGACUAAGGCAGAAUGGCUCGUACCUUUAUAGAUAUUGCAAUGAUAACCCAAGAGAUUUUCCUUUGAAGGAAUUCAGUCAGUCACAGUGCAUUGCACUGAUUGCAGAAGUCCCUCACUUUCAAUUGCUUUUAAUAUUGUACUUCAUUUCUUAAUAAGCUAUAGAGUACAGAAGUGUGAUGUCAGUUAACAUAGUGUUGUGGCGGGCUCGUUCUACACAGAGUCACAGCUGACGGUCGUCUGUACACAUUUGCUCGUCUGAAAAAUAGUUGCAAGCAAUCUAAAUCUGAUAGCAGCCAUUUUCUCCUAUGAGGAAACGCACGCUAUCAUUCAGUGGGAUCAUUUGUUUAGAAUCACCAUGGCAACUGACGUCAUCGAUUCGGUACUCUAUGAUACAUUUUUUUACAUAAUGUAUAUAAUUUCUAUAGAAAUACCACUGGUAGGAAAAAGGUAACUUCAAGUACUAAUAGUGCAAUAACCAUUAAAAGCCUUCCUCCAACCAAGCGAAUUCUCAUAGAGUAUGCAGAGCCAUUAGCAUAUAAGGCACAUAACCAAUUAAAUAAAGCAUAAACUGUUGGUCUACCAUACACACACAGAAAUUAAGAUAUAAUGAAUCAUCAAUAUCAAGUUUUAUCUCUUUGUGAUGCACCCCGCCACCUGUCAGAUUGGAUGGACUUGAGCACUAUAUUGUGAAAAUAUUUUUUGCAAUGUCAUUGAAUAAAGACAUUUACUAGCAUCAUGAAUCUGGGCAUGUACCAACACAACACAACGCAAAAGUGUCGGCAGUUUAAUGAGGAAACUGGUUCAUAUUUCUUUGAACUAAGACUUCUUGAAUUAAGGUAUUUCAUUUGAGCAACCUCAAUUAUAAAAAAAAUAUCACUAACGAUGAUUAUUUGAUGAUAAAAGGAAUAAAAAUUAUAAAUUCCAGGUACAAGUAUUAAAGAUAUCUACAUGUAGGAGCAAAGAACAUACAUUCCAUAUCAUCAAAUAAUCAUUCUUCACAACAAUCAGCGUUAGUGAUUUUAUUAUUUUUUUUAAUUGAGGUUGCUCAAAUGAAAUGUAUUUUGUUUGCUCCUACAUGUAGAUAUCUUACUUGUACCUGGAAUUAAUCAUUUAUAUUCCAUUUAUCUACAAGAAGUUGGUCCACACAGAUAUUCUAACACCACAUGUGCUAAACCAAUUUGCUUUACUAUCAAUUGGUCUAAUCUUCCUUUGAUCCGCACUACACUUUGUCUAAUACCCAUUUAGUCUAAUUUACAUUUAGUCUAAUGAUUUAAUUUCCACUUUAUCUACAAAUUAGUUUCUACUUUGUCAAAUGCGAAUUGGAUUCAAAGAUAUUUCAUUUUCAUCAUAUAGACUAAGUUGGGUUAGACAAAAUGGGUAAUGUCCAAAUGGAAAUUAGACAUAAGGGUGAAUGGGCUUAAAGGGGAAGUUCACCCUAAAGAAAAAUUUAUUGUGAA